CCGCCCAUUCCAGCUUUGCAUUGGAGCUAUCACCGGCGCCGGUUUACAACCACAGACCUCGUUGGGAUCCCGCACGUUUUCUGGUCCUCACGAUUCUGAGGUUGCCGUAGGGUUGUAUAAAUGCACAACGGCCAGUGAACCUCAUGACUCCGUCUCAAUUUCUACCGGUAUCUCCAACGAAUGUCUGCUGCCCAUGUCACUUUUGGUCUCCAUCGCAUCGCAACGGCAACAUGUGGUUUGCAUAUCCACAAAGCAACACACUAAAAUACCGCGCGCCCGCCCACUAGGAAUUUGUGGCGUCGGCACGUUUCAUUUCGUUGCGUGCUUUGCCGUUGUUUUUGGGGCGCGGUUUAAGUUGCCACGGGUGGGAGAGCUAAAUGGUCGAUCACGCACUUUUUUCUCAUCGGAGGAUGGACGGGAAGGACACCAGGGAUCAGGAGGAUCAUUUCUCGUGCCCGCCAAUUUUCCUUGUGAUCUUCAGUUACUGCUGUGCUUACAUGGUAUCUUCGUGGUUUGGGGCGGCACGGCUGGCAUGGCGGGACGUGUGAUGUACGCCCUGCCCUUGCCUGUCCUCUCUACAGUGGACGCCGGACAGGCCCUGGGCAACGCUGGAUCAACUUUGUGGUUUCUGAUCAUGUUCCACGAGGAGCGAUCAAGGGGCAUUUCAAGCACGAUGGCGUUUCUUCGGCUUUCUCUUUUCUCUCCAUCCAAGCCCGCCAAGCGAGCCAAAACAUAAAGACGAAAGACAAGGUAAGACAAGAAUCGUAAGUUGCUUUUUCUACGGGUAUUUUCGUUCUCGUACAUUUGGAAAUAAAUAAAGGCAAAAAAAAUCAUCCCAGACGCAACCACACAUCAUCAGUCUCAUGUUCUCGCCGAAAACCUACGGCGCAAGCGGCGCAUCGUCCUGCUUGGUCUCAGCCGCGGGGGCGGGCUUGCCCGUGGUGGAAGCGGAGGAGGCGUUCUUGAAGGACUGCUCGAAAUCGGCAAUGAUGUCGUCAAUGUGCUCCGUGCCGACCGAGAUGCGGAUGAGGUCCUCGCUAACGCCGGAGCUCGUCUUUUCCUCGUCCGAGAGCUGCUCGUGGGUGGUGGUCCAGGGGCUGUGGCGAAAGUCAGCGAGAUGCAAGAAUUUUUUGGCCCGAAACGGAGACAAGAGAAGAGGGAAAGGGAGCCAGUCUUCUCCUUUCACUCUGCUAUACUCUCUCUCUCUCUCUCUCUCUCUCUCUCUCUCUCUCU